AUCGUCCUGCUAGGCUGAACAGGUGCGGAGAGGAAGGGGGCAAUGGCAGUUUCAGCGAGUCCUGGUCCUCCAAUUAGGAAAAGCACACAUUACCACGUGAACAAAGCCGCUGUCUGAGUGAUAUGGGGACAGGCAGCUCGAGGAGCAGGGGAACGCACAUUUAACUGGAAGUAGGCUAAAGGUACCGGGCGGGGACUGAAACCAAGCUAUUACGACCCAGACGGUGUUCCAUAGAAGUCCUGGUUGAGAAUGAAGCGACUGAACAACAAAACGGCACAGCAAGGAGAGAUUCCCCACACAUCCUGAGACUAUUCCUGUGAUCCUGGGCUGCAGAGGGACAGGAGGGCAGAGUAGCACAAGGUGAGACAGAGGAAGUCCGGUCUGUAGUCUGGGGGGCUCGGUCAGAGGGGAGCGUAUGAGGAGUCAGAGAGCAGAGGAUACCCCUGAUCUGUCCUGAUAUCACAGAGCCACACCGGCAACGCACCCGAAAACUCACCCGGCAACGCACCCGAAAACUCACCCGGGUCACAAAAGGAGACAAACAAGGAGCCCCCACUCCUCCUGUAGGCAUGAGGUCCUUCCGUUCGUUCGGUAAUGAUGACCGUCACGUCAUGGCCAAGCACUCCUCCGUCUACCCAUCAUCGUCUGAGCUGGAGGCGGUCCAGACCCUGGUGUCCACUGUGGAGGGUGCCCUCAAACACGUCUCUGAUUGGAUAGACCAGAGCAACGUUCAAUCGGUGCAGAGCAACAACCAGACAGACGCAGCAGUCGGCCAGACAGACGGUCAGUCCGACGCAGCAGUCGGCCAGACAGACGGUCAGUCCGACGCAGCAGUCGGCCAGACAGACGGUCAGUCCGACGCAGCAGUCGGCCAGACAGACGGUCAGUCCGACGCAGCAGUCGGCCAGCCCAACCCCACAGACAGCCCGGUGCCAAAGGAUGGUAGCUGUGACCAUGACGAUGACCUUAACCCUAACGACGACGCCAGUCUUAGUCCCAGAGCCAGCCCAGAUGACUCCACAGACGGCGGUAGCAGAGAGCCCAGUGGAGGUGUUCUGUGUGGCGUGAUGAGGAUCGGCCUGGUGGCUAAAGGUCUGCUCAUCAAACAGGACAUGGACCUGGAGCUGGUGCUGAUGUGUAGAGAGAAACCAACAGAGACACUGCUGUGUGCUGUCUGUGAUAACCUGCCGCUGCAGAUACAGAAGCUAACAGAGGAGAAGUACGAGGUGCACCGAUGCGUGCCAGAGGCGGCCAUCUUGGUGUGUUGCACGACAGAGCCCAAACUCACCCUGAAGGUCACCCUCAGCUCUCCACAGAUGAGAGAAGACAGCGACACGGAUGAACAAGGAACCAGGGAUGAACAAGUGGAGGGUGUUGAGCUGUCUGACCCUGCAGACAUGCUGGACAGGCACAGAUGUCUGGUGGCCCUGGCGGCUCUACGACAUGCCAAAUGGUUCCAGGCCAGAGUAAACGGCUUGAAGUCGUGUGUCAUCAUCCUCAGGAUCCUAAGAGACAUGAGCAAUAGACUGCCAGCCUGGGAGCCACUCAAAGGAUGGCCCCUGGAGCUGAUUUGUGAGAAGGCCAUAGCCACGUGUAACCGGCCGCUGGGUGCAGGGGAAGCACUACGUAGAGUCAUGGAGUGUCUCGCCUCGGGAAUCCUGCUUCCAGGAGGACCAGGGUUACACGACCCAUGUGAGAAGAAGCUGACCAACACCCUGACGGCCAUGACAGACGAGGAGGCUGAGGCCAUCACCUACAAUGCACAGCACGCCCUGAGACUGAUGGCGUUUGGUCAGAUCUACAAGGUGCUGGAGAUGGACCCUCUACCCUCUAGUAAACCCCAGAAGUACCCCUGGUCAGACAGGGAUGGUUCUGGGCUAAAGAGGCCUUAUGAGGACGGGCCCACGGACGACAAAGACCUCAUCAAGAAAAUGAAGAGGAACCUGAGGAAAGUCCUCGACAGCAAAGCAAUAGACACCAACCAACCAAUGAAUGCUCUGAUGCGUCUGAAUCAGAUACGUCCAGGUCUGCAGUACAAGCUGCUGUCCCAGUCCGGCCCGGUCCACGCUCCUGUCUUUACCAUGUCUGUAGACGUAGACAGCACUGUGCACGAAGCCUCAGGCUCCUCCAAGAAAACCGCCAAGCUGCAUGUUGCUGUGAAGGUCCUUCAGGCGAUGGGUUACCCUACAGGGUUUGAUACGGACCUGGACUGCAGUGCAGACGAGAAGUCAGACGGAGAGGGGAGGAGUGAAUCGUCCACACACAGCAAUAACACAACACACUCAGACAGCUCAAAUACACUGGAGGUCCGAACUCAGGGUCCUAUUCUGACGGCCAGCGGAAAGAACCCCGUCAUGGAGCUCAAUGAGAAACGCAGAGGUCUGAAGUACGAGCUCAUAUCAGAGAGCGGGGGCAGCCAUGACAAACGCUUCGCCAUGGAGGUGGAGGUGGAUGGUCAGAAGUUCCGGGGGGCGGGGCCUAAUAAGAAGGUAGCGAAGGCAUCCGCUGCGUUGGCUGCUCUGGAGAAACUGUUCUCUGGUCCCAACGCCACCGCUAUCAAGAAGAAGAAGAUCAUCCCUCAACACUCUACAAAAUGUUCCCUAGCUGCAGCAGUGGCAGCCUCAGCAGUAGCAGCCCAGGUGGCCAGAGGGAGAGGUAGAGCGGCAGCCCUGACCAGUGGAGCCUUCAUUACCACAGCCACUGCACCAGGAUACACACAGAUACCAGGCUUCGGGACCCCAUAUGGAUACAGUGCUGCAGCCGCCCCAGCCUAUGGUUUCUCCCCCAACAGAAUGCUUCUGUUGCCUGUUAUGAAAAUGCCCGCCUACCCCGUCCCCCACUACUCCUUCUUUUAGAACAGGGACCCCAAAACACCCCACUAGAAGGGAAUCUGAGUCUUUUUAUUUGUCCUACAUAUGGAGGGAGAAGUGAACAAAAGGACUUGAGCAGAAUAUGAUUUGUAAAAGAAGUGUAUUUUGAUGAUAAAGAUUUAAAGAAUAAUAAAAAAUAAAACUUGAUUUGUACCGUGAA